AUGGUAAAAAAUAAUAUAUUUUUUUUAGGCGGAGAUGAAGCAUUAUUUGUCUAUGCCAAUGAAAUAAUUGCACGUAUUAUAGCCCAAUCAUGUCGACAAAGGGGUUUAAGUAUAAUAUUAUCAACUUUAUUAUCAUUUCAAAAUGAUGAAAUUUAUUUUAAACAUGAAAGUGCACUUGUUGGUAGAACAUUUUAUGAUGCUGUAUUUUCAUAUGAUAAAUGUUCAGUAAUUGGAUUAAUGUUAUCCGAUGGAACAGUUAAAAUAUUUCCUCGAUUAAAUACAAUAAUAAAUAUUGAUGAUCAAAUUAUUGUUAUCGCUGAAGAUGAUGAUAAAAUUAUAUUGUCAUCUGAUUAUUUGUCACAUAUUAAUUAUGAAUAUUCAGGAUCAAAAUCAUCAUUAUUAUUUAAUCAUAAUACAGUUUUAUUAUCCAAUCCUAUGACUAGAAGAGCAACAAAAAGAAUUGAACGAAAUCUUCUACUCGGAUGGAAUAAAAAAGCUCCAUUAAUUGCUAAAGAAUUGGAUACUUAUGUUGCUCGCGGUAGUGAACUACAUAUAUUAACAAAUUCUAAUAUAAUAACACAAUUUAUAAAGGAACAAUUAGCUAAUGAAUUAACAGAACAAAAAAUAUUUGUACAUUGUGGAAGCUUAACAAAUAAAUUUGAUUUAGAAAAAUUAAAUUUAUUUUCUUAUGAUUAUGUUAUAUUAUUAGCAAAUGAAGAAAGUGAACAACAAAAUUUAAUUGAAGAAGCUGAUGCUGAAUGUUUAAUUUGUUUAUUAUAUUUAAAAAAUAUUAUUGAUAAAUCAAAUAAUAAAAAAACAUUUAGUAUAGUAGCAGAAAUGUAUGAUAUACGUAAUUGUCAAUUAGCAAAUAGAACAUGUGCCGAUGAUUUUAUUGUUAGUCCAAAUUUACUAUCAAAAUAUAUUUCACAAUUAUCUGAAAAUCAAAAUAUAAAAAAAGUUUAUGAUGUUUUAUUAACAGCUGAUGGUCCUGAGAUUUAUUUAUGUUUAGCAUCGAUGUUCGUUCCACUAGAAACACCAAUUAGUUAUUAUCAAGUUUUACAAGAAACAUUAAAAUAUCAAUGUUUAGCAAUUGGUUAUAGAUUAAUGAAAUAUUUACAUGAUGAAACAAGAUUUUUUGGAAUUGUUUUAAAUCCAGAUAAACAAGAACAAAUUAUAUUUUCACAAAAUGAUAAAAUUAUUAUUUUAGCUGAAAACUUUAUGUCAUUUGCUCCCCAUAAUACGCAAAUUCGUAGAUACCGGCUAGCUAUUAGCGGUAAAUCGUGGUAA